AUGAAGAAAAACAAUGCACAGCAGCCAGCUCUGCACAAAGUUAUAAUGGUGGGUAGCGGUGGUGUAGGCAAAUCUGCCCUUACCCUUCAGUUCAUGUACGACGAGUUUGUAGAAGAUUAUGAACCGACUAAAGCUGAUUCGUACCGUAAAAAAGUAGUCCUAGAUGGUGAAGAAGUCCAAAUUGACAUACUGGACACAGCCGGCCAGGAAGAUUAUGCUGCCAUUCGUGACAAUUAUUUUCGCAGUGGUGAAGGAUUUUUGUGUGUAUUUUCCAUAACAGAAGAUGACAGUUUUCAAUCAACAAUGGAAUUUAGAGAACAAAUUCUACGAGUGAAGAAUGAUGAAAACAUCCCCUUUUUAUUAGUUGGUAAUAAAGGAGACUUGACAGAUAAGCGAAAAGUGUCAUUGAAUGAAGCUCAGUCUAGGGCUCAAGAAUGGGGAGUGCCAUAUGUUGAAACAUCAGCUAAGACAAGAGAUAAUGUUGAUAAGGUAUUUUUUGACUUGAUGCGCGAAAUUCGUGCUCGUAAAAAGGAAGAUGUGAAAGGAGCAAAUGGCAAGGGUAAAGACAAAGGUAGACGAAAGAAGUUGAAAUGUAAUAUAGUGUGA